AAAAAUGGUCUGUGAAUGAAUAUGCUUAUUUUAAAAAGCAGUCUUAUGAAUUUAGAGUUGAAACUUAUUUUUGGAGGUGUUUCACAUAUAACAUUUAAUAUGAUGAGCAAUGUCCAGAGAUUAAUGACUCUUAGCAACUUUGUGCUUAAGCAGCAUGAACACUGUCAGGUAGUAACCUAGCCGUUCUUGGCUUAGUUCUUUAUCUCUGUCUUGGCCAGUCGUCCCGAGAAGUUUGCGUUACUCAGCUUAUUUGUCGCUGGCUAUUCCGUGAACUCUUUAGGGAGUAAAAACACAGAGGACUAUUCAAGAGCCCUGACGUACAGUACUGUGAUAACUAAUAAUUUUUAGUUAGCCAAGUAUUAAAAAUGUUUAACCAAUAUUUCUCUUAAGUGGGCCUGUGUUCAUUCACAAAUGAGGAAUCCACAAUCAUAGAAUCAAUAACCUUGUCUUGUUCAAAAUAAAUGGAAUUAGUGACACUAUGAGAACCAGCUCCUAGAAACCAGCUCCUAGAAUUUCGUAGAAGGUAAUUUCCUUUGAGGGUAAAUCAGCACGUGAAAAACAGUUCCAAGACCCUCAGUGAAAUGAAUCAGACCUGGCAAUCCAUCAGGAAACAAAAUUUUUCAAGCCUUUCCAUAAAAGCUCUUGUGAGAAACUGACAGAGCAGUACCCUUGCCACGAGAGCUUCGGAUUACCACUGACGAAUCCUGGUGGCGACGGUCCUACCCAACACAAAGUGAUACUGUCUGAACACACUUAAUGGGUAUAAUGAUCCUCAGAUUCUAAACAGUAAUCCGGAAACUCUUAAAACCAACUGUUUAGAACCUAUAUGACCAUUUCAAGCUAAAUGUUAAUUCCACCAAAAGCCCUUGACCACAACCCAAAUAGGAUAGAUCAAAAAAUCCAAAAGCAUUCAAUUAUGGCCAAACUAACUGGAAUAAAGGAGGCAGUUCUGGCAAGACUGGCCCAUGGCACACCUUAGAAAAAAGGAUGCAUUUGGAAAUGAGAGGCAGGGAGAAAAACGAAGGGUUAAGAUAACCCAUUCCUCAUAUCAACUCCAAAAGGAAUCAUUUGUCACAGGGGAAAAAAAAAACCUAAAUAAAGUACUUCUAUUUUUAUACUGGUGACUUAAGUGGAAAGAGAAAUACGAAGAUAUUUGGGGAAAUCAGGAAUUAAAUCUCAACCGCAUUAAAGCUAACUUUCCAUAACAGUUUCCAAAAAUAGGGCUGGCGCAAAACCAUGCUGGGAUUUGUACUAGGAGUGUGUAAAGACACUAAAAUCGCUAAGCUAGAAAAGCUCUGGGCAGAGAAUGAAACCUAGAGUGGACAGUUCAGAAUGGAAGAAAAUCUAGAGUAUUCUCUGGACAGUGAAUUGACACUGCAGAGAAUAACCGAGACAUCCACUCCUCUGCCUCCCCCCCAUCCAAAUAAAAAGAAACUAAAACCGAAUUCCCUGGGCUGCUUCGAGACGGCAGAGCAACAGCUCAGGACGCUACUGCUAAUCGCCAGCGCGGUAAGGUCCAGGCCUCCUGCACCCCGGGCCGGGGCGAUAGGAACUCGGACAGUGCCCACUCGUGGCCAGCAGCUGGCGUUUGCGGGCAUCAGAAGCAAAGGCAAAGUCCAUUAAGUUCUCCCCCGACCAGGCCCGAUCCCUAAAGAUCUCGAAAUGGCAGAACUUAUGGUCACAGGCAUACCUCGUUUUCUUGCGCCUCGCGUGUUGCGCUCCACAGAUGCCUUUUUUUUUUUUUUUAAGCAAAUUAAAGGCAAGACCCUCCACCAGCGAAAUUACUACUAGCUUUGCUGCGACACCCGAUAGCCGCUUCCUGCGGCGGUCUGAAACAACGCGCAGUAACUCUGAGGAUUUAAAUAGCACAAAUUCAGUUAUUCUGCACCAAGCAAAAACACUAUUUUGCAUCUCUAUAACACAAAUUGAAUGCUAAUCACGGAAAGCACCAAGAUCGGCAUGUAAGGAGAUGCUGGGGAGGUCCCAGGAGCUGUGGGUUUACAGGUGAGCCUUCAGUGGUUUCGCAGCAGGAACAACAGUGACCUCUCCCUCGGAUUAACCUCUAGAGCCUGUCAUUGAUAGAAAUGAAUCACACCGAAAUUCCAACCAAAUAUUAAGUCAAGCCCCUUAUCACCAGGGCUCAUCCUAAAAAUGAGCCGGAAGAAGAAGGAGGAUCUAGCCAGUGCUUGGGGUGAGAGAAAGGAAGGGGAAGGGCAUGAGGAAAACAUUCCAGAUGGGGCUAUGAGAGGUUCUGUGAAAAGCAAAAUCAUUCCAGAUGAUCCCGAGGAGGGAAGGGCAAGAGACAGCAAUCAGGAGAGCUCUGAUCUGAGUGAUUUUCCGGUCGGAUUUGCCCUAAAAUUCAGUUCUGACCACAGAGACAGACACUCCCAUCUUUAACUUAAACACGACUCCAGGAAGUUCUUAUGAUGUAAGUUAAAUCCAUCUUCUUUAGUACAUAUUUUAAGGCCCGUCAAGUCAAAACCGGCCUCGACUUUCCUGUAGUGACUCUCUUCCUGUGAUGCCCCUUCAAGUUCCUCCAAAUCAAGUCAGUGUGGAUGACACCAGAUCUGCCUCGAAUAUGCCCAGUACUUCAGAGACCUGCCCUACGCACACGCACGCACGCACACAGACACUUACCUCUUUGUCUCUGCUUUUGCUGUUCCACCUGCCUAGACACCUUCACUACCCAUCUCUCCUUUUCGAAAUGGCACAUACCCUUCAAGGUCGGUCCAUAGCCAAUGUUGCCUUCAAGACAUGACUUUCCUCUGAAUUUCAUUUAUUAGGUGAAAUUUCUUUUUGGUUUUAAUCUCUGUUACAUGACUCAAUUCCCCUGACGGUGCCGCUGUACGUGCCCUCCUUGGCACUCCCAGCACUUUGUUCAGCAAGCGUCAUGAUUCAUUCUAGUUGGUUGUUGGUGAGUUUGUCCUCUGAGCCUCCCCUCUCUGCCUCUCUAAACUAGACUUUGAACUCCUUGAAGGAGAGACUUAAUUUUUGUUCCGCUAUUGCCCAUAUACCCACACUUUACAUGUAGCUGACACUCAGUACAGGUUUGUUGACUUGCUCUAAAUUGAAAUGGGCUUAAACUGCAGUAUGAGCAUCACAUGACAGGGAAAGCUUAGGGGAUUCUUCCCUGGGCAUUUUCCAAUGGCGAAAAGCUUCUAUGUGGGAAGAAUCCCCCACGAUGCAGGGAGGUGGUGGGGGCAAAAAUGGCUCCCAAAGGACCUGGUCAUCUCAAGAAACCCAGCCUAUGGUAGUCAGGGUCACAGUGGACAUUCUGUCCCCACUGUUCUCGGGGAACCUUCCUCCAGCUCACAGGGCUCUGGGGGAGCCGUCUCGGGCGAGGAGGCUGGGGAGGAACCCCUUCGCAUGGCCUCAGGCUUCAGGUUCCCCUGCCCAUCUACCCCUCAGAGGAGUGUGUUUGUGUCCCUCCUUCCGUCCUCCCUCACCGCCCCCCAACAUUCCAGCCCAGGGCAGGGGGAGGCCAACAGACACAGAGCCCUCUGUGUAUGGGGUGGUAUGUGUUCCCCACCCUCCACCCGGAGGACACAAUGCCCCUUCUGCUCCCUGUGCUCCCCCCUCCCCACCACCUCUCAACUGCACAUGCCAGGCUGCAAUUGGUUACUCGCUCAGGACAGCCCCCUCAUACCAAGGCCCCAGGGGAUUUUAAGCAGGUUCCAGGAACCUCCCGCUCAGCUCCUUGUCCCCCACUCUCCCAGCCCCGCAGCCGGCCUGGGCCCUUGCCUGCCCCAGCUAUGGCUCCUGGGGCCCCCUCGCCCAGCCCCAGCCCAGUCCUGGCUGCGCUGCUCUUCUCUUCUGUGGUGCUCUCCCCGGCCCAGGCCAUCGUGGUUUACACGGACAGGGAGGUCCACGGCGCGGUGGGCUCCCGAGUGACUCUGCACUGCUCGUUCUGGUCCAGUGAGUGGGUCUCGGACGACAUCUCCUUCACCUGGCGCUACCAACCCGAGGGGGGCCGCGACGCCAUCUCGAUCUUCCACUACGCCAAGGGGCAGCCCUACAUCGACGAGGUGGGGACCUUCAAAGAGCGCAUCCAGUGGGUAGGGGACCCUCGCUGGAAGGACGGCUCCAUCGUCAUACACAACCUGGACUACAGCGACAACGGCACUUUCACCUGUGACGUCAAAAACCCCCCCGACAUAGUGGGCAAGACCUCUCAGGUCACGCUCUACGUCUUUGAGAAAGGUGUGAGAGGGGCUGCCAUGGAGAAGGGGAAACUGCACAAGCUCGGGAAGGACUCGUCCAAGCGCGGCCGGCAGACGCCGGUGCUGUAUGCCAUGCUGGACCACAGCAGAAGCACCAAAGCGGCCAGUGAGAAGAAGUCCAAGGGGCUGGGGGAGUCUCGCAAGGAUAAGAAAUAGCGGUUAGCGGGCCGGGCGGGGGCUCGGGCGUCAGGGGCGGAGUCUUCCAAGGGCGCUCAGGUGGUGGUCAUCGAGAUGGAGCUCCGGAAGGACGAGCAGAGCGCGGAGCUCCGGCCUGCUGUGAAGUCCCCCAGCAGAACCAGCCUCAAGAACGCCUUCAAGAACAUGAUGGGCCUGGACUUGGACAAGUGACCGCCCCGGCCCUGCCGAGCAGGGGCACCUAGGCUGCUCUCGCCCGUCUAGGUGCUUCCGCCUCAGCUCCCUGCCCUGCCCCCUCGGAGAUGUAAGUUUCAUUCCAAAAUUCGUUCCCCAGGCACUUCAUAUCUUCCCCCGCCUUCACCCCCUGGCUUUCUGGGAGCCCAGGGCCUGAUCCCACCGGCCCCAAGGACUGUGUGUUUGGUGCCCGUCCCUGCGGCACCGAGAAGAAAGGGACCUUGAUACCCCGCGCUUGGACUC